GCGCACAUUGAAAGCAUGCGCAGUGAGUACACAUUUCCAAAAUGGCGUCCAAAAGAAAGUUAGAAGGYGCUGAGAAUUCUUUGGCUCUUGUACCUCAACUGAAGAAACCUAAACAGAAUCAGUUAGCUUUAGCUGGCAAAGGAAAUGCCAUUCAAGCGUUACCACAGAGAUCGUCUUCGCUUGAGGCACCUAUUAUGCUUUUAACUGGRCAAGAGGGAGAAAUUUACUCUGCAAGGUUUCAUCCAUCAGGCGAAACACUAGCUUCCGUGGGUUUUGACAGACUAGUUUAUUUAUGGAAUGUUUACGGUGAAUGUGAGAAUUUUGCUGUUCUCAAAGGUCACAGCGGAGCUAUCAUGGAUAUCCAUUUUGCAACGGAUGGGAAUACUAUGUUCACAGCAUCGACUGACAAGACACUAGCAAUAUGGGAUUAUGAGACAGGAGCUAGGAUUAAAAAAAUGAAGGGACAUUCAUCAUUUGUUAACUCAUGUUGUCCAUCGCGUCGUGGUUUGCAGUAUAUUGUUAGUGGAUCAGAUGACUGCACAGUUAAGCUUUGGGACUCAAGAAAAAGAAGCUGUGUACAAACAUUUCAGAAUAUGUAUCAGGUGACGUCAGUAUGUUUUAAUGACACCAGUGACCAAAUAUUUUCUGGAGGAAUUGAUGAUGAGAUUAAAGUAUGGGAUUUACGAAAGAAUGAUAUAUUAUAUAGAAUGUCUGGACACACGGACACUAUAUCUGGUCUGCGACUGAGUCCUGAUGGAUCAUUUCUGUUGUCAAACUCAAUGGAUAACACAGUUCGRAUGUGGGAUGUGCGAGCUUUUGCACCAAUGGAAAGAUGCUUAAAAGUGUUCUUGGGUGCUCAACACAGUUUUGAAAAGAAUUUAAUCAAAUGUGGAUGGUCCCCUGAUGGAUUAAUGAUAGCAGCUGGUUCGGCGGACAGAUGUGUCUAUGUUUGGGAUACUAACGUCAGAAGAAUACUCUACAAGCUACCUGGACACAAUGGAUCUGUGAAUGAUGUCGACUUUCAUCCGACUGAGCCUAUCUUAUUGUCAUGUGGUAGUGACAAGAAGAUUUUCCUUGGUGAACUUCAAGCUUARGCUGUCAUUUUAUUUGACAUUUUGUACAUAACCAUCUGUAAUGCAACUAUUAUGUUUAUAAUAAAUAGCAAAAUUAGACACAGUGAGUGGAUUUCAUACAACUGUACAACUGCAGAAUCCAUGACAAAGCAUGUCCAUGGAACCAUAGAGCGGAUWUCGUAUGAGUGGGAAACAGACWGUACUKUACUGUGWCCGUAA